AUGGCCAUCGAGGAAACCACUUCAUCGGCCAAAGGUCCCAUAACUGAUGAAUUUACAUCGACCGUGACCGAGCAAAACCUCAAGGAUGGAGCUAUAGUGACUCUUGUGGAACCGGAGGAUGCUCCCCAAGCGCAGUCAUUUUUCUCCACCUUGUUCAACCGAAAAAAGAGUCGCGACCUGGAUGCGAUCGCCACCGUCCGAAGUGUCUUCGAUGAUCCAAAUAUCGGUAAAUUCUAUCUGCCUCAUGCCGACUAUGAGAAUUUGCAUAGAUUUGACCCCAACGCUCGAUGGACAUACCGUGAAGAAGCCGCCGUGCGCCGCAAAACCGACUGGGCGAUUCUCCUCUGGAUCCUCGUUAUGUUCUUUGGAUUGAACAUUGAUCGUGGAAAUCUUAGCAAUGCUAAUUCUGAUGGUCUGCUGAAAGACAUGGGUCUGAGCACCGACGACUACAAUAAUGCUACCAACAUGUACCGAAUUGGCUUUUUGAUCGCAGAAAUCCCGUCCCAGAUGAUUGGCAAGAGACUGGGUCCUGAUCGUUGGAUUCCUGUUCAGAUUAUUUGCUGGAGUCUCGCAUCAGGAGGACAGUUCUUCAUGCAUAACCGGGCUGGAUUUUUCGCAUGCCGAUUCUUGCUUGGCCUCUUCAUGGGUGGUUUCAUUCCCGACUCGAUUCUGUACCUUUCUUACUUCUAUACGAAAAGUGAAAUGCCUUUUCGCCUGGCCCUUUUCUGGUUUACGGACUCGAUCUCUGGUGUUAUCGCUUCUUUCAUCGCGUAUGGUGUGUUCCACAUGGGUGGUACUGCGGGUCGUGAAGGUUGGAGGUGGUUGUUUCUUAUCGAGGCUCUGAUCAGUUUCGUGAUUGGAAUUCUCAGUUUCUUCCUGCUUUUCCCGGGUCCAACACAGACAAAGACUCGCUGGAAUCCAAAGGGCAUAUUUUCCGAGCGGGAAGAAUCCAUCAUCGUGAAUCGGGUCUUGAGAGACGAUCCAUCCAAGGGUGGCAUGCACAAUCGAGAAGCGAUUUCUUUGAAGAUGCUGUGGCAGAGUCUUAAGGAUUAUGAUCUGUGGCCAAUCUAUCUCAUCGGAAUUUUGUUCGAGAUUCCGACUUCGCCUCCUAAGUCAUACCUGACGCUCUCCUUGACGGAUAUCGGAUUCAGUACUUUCCACACAACUUUGUUAUCGAUCCCUGUCACUGUUUUCGCAGCCAUCAAUCUGCUUCUUGUAACCGAGCUUGCUGAAAGGACGCACCAAAUCUCGAUAGUUGGUCUCUUAACUCAGGUGUGGUCGCUUCCAAUGCUCAUCGUUCUAUACACCUCAGCGGGGUCGCUUUCCAACUGGGGAAUGUAUGCAGUCAGUUUUGUUCUACUGGGUUGGCCCUCGCCGCAGGCUGCACAGGUUGGAUGGUGCUCGCGUCUGAGUAACGCUGUCCGAACAAGAGCAGUGAGCGCAGCUGCCUUCAACAUCAUGAUUCAGCUUUCUGGAAUCGCAUCGUCCAAUAUUUACCGUUCUGAUGACAGCCCGCUGUAUCGCCGAGGUAACAAACAGCUGAUCGCUAUCAACUGUGCGAAUAUCGUCGUUUACGCCCUGGCUAAGGUGUACUAUGUGCAGAGGAACCGUUGGAAGAGGGCUCAGUGGGAGAAGAUGAGUGCCGAGGAGAAAGUCACCUACUUGGAGACAACCACAGAUGAAGGAAAUAAGCGCCUUGAUUUCAUGUUCGAUAGUUGA